UUAGUAAGUCUAACGGGCUUUAUAUGAUUUUCUUUAUGGUAAGCUAGGAAAUGUUUGUUAUUUUUUGAAUAUGUAUUUGAAUAUUGUUGUUGUUUAUCGUACCUUGCUUUAUAUACUUUUUUUUGUGUUGUUUUUCUCAAUUGGAUAGGUGCGUAGUUAAUUCUAUACAAUCAGUUUUAAAGUGACGUUCAUUCGGUACGAAUAUUCUAAGAUCACGUUGUAUGUAAUUGACGCCGAUGUUAUUUUUUUUUUAUUAAGAGUAAAAAUUGGAAUUGAAUUUGUUUUGUUUUUGUGUAUUGCUGUAUUAAUGUAUGGAUAUUCUGUAAAAAAGUAAAAUUUAUAAAUAAAAUAAAUCUUUCAGAAAAAAUUUAUCUGUCGCAUAUACAAAUAAAAAAUUGUUUUUGAAUUCUGAGUCACAGAGAGAUUAUAAAAAAAAAACAAUAUCUAUAAAGUUUAAAAUAAAUUAAAGGAAACAUAAAAUCAGGAUGCGAAUAAUAUAUUGUAAUUUGAAAAAUUAAUGUGAAGCUUGUAAGAAAAUAGAAAAGAAUAUUAAUUUCUUUAAAUAUUUACGAGAACCCUGUUUUGCAUCCUUUAGUAUUCUAAAAUUUUAAUAGCAUAUAACUGCAAAAUAUUUUAUUUUGAAUUCUCAACUCAUUGAUUGAUUUUGUAAUGAAAGUGCACAUUAUAAAAGUCAUAGCAAAUAUAACUGCAGAAGUUGAGAUUUUAAUCUUUCAUAUUAUUUUAUCACACAUAAAAAGGCUAGCUAUUAAAAAAUUAGUAAAUAAUAAAUAUUAUUUGAUUUUAUGAUCGUAUUUCUAAAUUUUUAUUUAAAUAUAAUUCUUAUAAUAUGAAAACUUGGGUCUACAAAUUUCUGCCGGAAAAGUAAUAAUAAUAAUAAAAAAUUUGAUAAAUAAAAGGGCAUAAACCUUAAAUUACUAUAAAGAAGCUGUUGAUAAUAAACAACAACAUCGAUUUAAAUUCGUCCUAUUUUGUUAUCUUUUAUUAAUUUAACAAUUAAUUUAAUGUUUGGUGUCUUUAAAAAAUAAAAAAAAUAAUUAAAUUCAAAGUAUCUAUGUUUGUAUAUACUAAAAUUGAUUUCAGUGCAUGAUUUUAACUAAAAACACUCAAGCAUAGCAUAAAGGAUUACAUCAAAAUUAUUUCUAGCAUUAAUACAACAUUGAAUAAUAAAAAAUAUUUCUAACAGUUAGAAUGAAACCAGUGAAGUGAAAUUUUAAAAUAAAUAUUAGUAAAUGAUUAUUGUCAUUGCAAAAAAUAAAUUACAAUUUUUUAAGUGCAAAUAUAAUACUACUUAACAGUUGAAUUAAUUACAUCCACACUUACCCAAAGAGUUUUAGUGAUUUUCCAUAAUUAUAAAUAUUGCAAAUUUUAUUUAAAAAUUUGUUUAAACUAAAAUUUCGAUAGAAAAAGGAAAGUUUCAUUUCAAUAGUGUACAAUAUAUAGCAUACUUUCAGAGCUGUGUACUUGUAUAGUACCUGCAACUACAAAAAAUUAUAAGCAAACCGAAAGGAUCUUAUACCUUUAUUUCAAUUAUCGUUUUUGAUAUAAAGUGAAAAAUAAAUCCAUUCACAGUGGCUCUCCAUUCAACGGAAGCCUUAAUGGCUGCUGGAUUUUUAAAAUCCGGUGACCUCGGACAUCAUCCACAUAGUUAUGGUGGUCCACAUCCACAUCAUGCGGUACCGCAUGGGCCAUUACCGCCUGGUAUGCCUAUGCCAUCUUUAGGACCUUUUGGGCUACCACACGGCCUUGAGGCCGUUGGUUUCUCCCAAGGUAUGUGGGGUGUUAAUACGAGGAAACAACGACGAGAAAGAACAACAUUUACACGAGCUCAAUUGGAUGUCUUAGAAUCAUUAUUCGGAAAGACACGGUAUCCAGAUAUAUUUAUGAGAGAAGAGGUCGCAUUAAAAAUUAAUUUACCCGAAUCUAGAGUCCAGGUUUGGUUUAAAAAUCGUCGUGCAAAAUGUCGGCAACAAUUGCAACAACAACAACAGUCCAAUAGCUUAAGUGGUAAUACAAAAAGUUCAAAUUCUAGUAAUUCAUCAUCAAAUCGUAAUUCAUCGAAUAAUAAUUCAAGUAGUAGUCAUAAUAAUUCAUCAUCAAGUGCAAACACAUCAUCGAAAUCAGGAAAUAGUGGAAGUAGUGGUGGUGUUGGUGGUCCCUCAUCAUCGAAUUCAGGUAAUAAAUCAGCAUCAUCAAGUGGCGGCUCUAGUGGAGGCAAUUCAGGGCCUGGUUCCAGUAUAAGCAAAUCAUCGCAUCAUAACUCAUUUUUAAAUUCACAUUCAAUGAGUCAUCAUCAUGGUUUGAAUAAUGGAUCAGGAUCAGGUUCAUCCGGUAGUGGAACGACAGUUGGUGGUAUACCACCAACGGGUUCUGGUUCAGUUAAUCCACUUAGUUCAAUGGCUGGUGCAGCUCCAGGUAGCAAUAGUAGCGGCAGUGGCGGUGGCGGAGGUAGUGGUAGUGGUACUGGUGGAGGUGGGGGUGGUCCUGCUGGUCAUAAUUCAUCACCUAUUUUACCUACACCCGCCACCUCAGUUAGUCCUGUUAGUGUAGUUUGCAAAAAAGAACAUUUAUCUGGUAGUUCAGGAUAUUCAAGCGUUUCAGCAGCAACAGCCGAAAAUUUACGUGCAUAUGAUUCAAUAAAAGACGAAAUGGCUGCUGUAGCUGCAGCGGCCGCUGCACAUCAACAUCAUGCUGUAGCUGCUGUUGCGGCAAACAGUGGUGUUUAUGCUACAAAUCCUCGUUUACUACAGCCUGGCGGUAAUAUUACACCAAUGGAUUCUAGUUCAAGUAUUACAACACCAUCACCACCAAUAACACCAAUGUCACCACAGAGUGCUGCACAUGCAGCACAACAAGCUGCACAAGCAGCACAUUCAACGCAUCCCUAUGUCUCUAAUCAUGAAUCUUAUAAUUUUUGGCAUAAUCAAUACAAUCAAUAUCCAAAUAAUUAUCAAACACCAAGUUAUUAUUCCCAAAUGGAAUAUUUUAGUAAUCAGAAUCAAGUUAAUUACAAUAUGGGCCAUUCUGGUUAUGGAGCUUCAAAUUUUGGUUUAUCACCAAGUUCAUCUUUUGGCGGGUCAAUGUCAGCGCAAGCAUUUUCACAAAAUGGUUUAGAUUAUAUGUCACCACAGGACAAAUAUGUCAAUAUGGUGUAGGAUAUCCUCAAAAUAAAAUCGAAAGAUCUAUUUAAAUCCGUAUCAACAACAAAUACAGGCUCAUUACUGUCGCCAUUGGGCUCAAGAUCAUCAUCAGCAUCAUCAUCAUCAUUAUCACCAUCAUCAACAUCAUCAAUAAUUAUGCCGUUGAUGUAUAAGACCUAUAAUAAGUUAUUACCCACAAAUUAUAUAUAAUAAUUGGAAAAUCGCAGGUUUUAAAUAUCUUUUUAAAUAUUGUUUGUAAUAAUCAUGAGAAAUCUGUUGAAAAUGUUUAAUAUUUACGGAGGACUUAAUGUUUUAAAAUAAAAAAUAAAAACGAAACCGAAAACUUUAAACUUUUUUCCAAUCGUUUCUUAUGUUACAAAAAAAAAUAUAAACAUUUCAUUAAAUGUAAUACUUUUAUUUAAUUUGUAAAAAUAAUAAAAUAUUUUAAUUUUAGCAUAAAUUUAAAGGAAAAAGCAACAUAUCUCGAAAACGUAUCACUAAUAAAUUACUACUAAAUUAAAAGAAGAAGCAGCAAUUUUUGUAAACCUGCGAUUUAAACGAAAAUUAUAAGUGAUAAAAUAUGUUUAUUUCUAAUUUUAUUAUUUAUAUUCUAAUUAUCAUUACUAAUAUUAUGUAAUUAAUUAUAAAAUUUAAAAACAAAAAGAAUUAUAGAAUAAUUGCAAUUUGAGUAAAUUAUGAACAUAAAAUAUGUUAAAGCUUGAAAAAAUUUAAAUGAAAACUGCCUUUAUUUGUGCAAAAUAAUUGAGAAAAAUAUGAAAAAAAAUAAUUAUAAAAUAAUUUUAUUUUUUUUUACCCUUUUUUGGGCAAAUAAAAUUUAGAACUGAAAUAGUAUAAAGCAAAAUUUAACGUGUGUAUUAAAUUAGGGGCGGCAGUGAUUAAAAUUAAAACACUGCAUUCAUUCACGCAUAAUAUCAAAAUAUUAGUUCAGCAAAAUUCAAUUAGCAAAUUUAAACCAUUUAUUGAAGUAAUAUUUCCAAGACUGCAAAGAAGAUUUUUUAUUACAUUUUACAAUACAAAUGAAAAAGUGUUAUCAAUAUGUAUCGGUUUAUAUUUUAAACCUUUAACAGUUGCGUUUUACUUAUUUAGAGUUCAUGCUUUGUCACACGAGUAUUAAUCAAAUUUUUAAAUUAAUUAUUUUAUAUUUGAACUGUGUUGACCCUUUCCCUUAUAACCAUGCCGCUCCUGAUUUAUUCAGUCAAGAAAAGAUUUUUUUCCAUUUAUAUGUAUUUUCGAUUUACUGUUAUUGAAAAUAUUAGUUUAUAAUUUGAAUUCCAAAAAAAAAUUGUAAAUAUUUAUAUAAAAAUUAGAAAUUAGAAAAAAAACAUAAAACAAAUUAUUUUCAUUAAAAAAAUUUAAUUAUAAAUAAUAAAUAGAAAUUAAAUCAGCGAGAAUUAAAAAUUUUCCAAAAGAAAAAACAACACAUAAAUAAUAAGAAAUUCCUUAAUUUACUAUAAAUUAUAUUAUAUAAAUAAAUAUUAAUUAUAUGUAUUGUUUAAAUAAUUUUUAAAUAAAAUUAAAAACAUAAAAAUAAUUAAAAUUUUUUCAUUAAAAUUUCACAUCUGUAAAAUAUUCCAGUAAAUAUAUUUUCCAAAAAAAUAAAAUUACAAAAAAAAAAUUCCUAAUGAAAAAUUAUUUAAAAAUUUGUAUAAAAAAUAAAAGUUAUAAUACACUAUAAUUAACAAAAAAAUGAACAAAUUUAGAAUAUAAUGUAAAUUUAAAAAAAUCAUUUGAUUCUCAAUAAAAUUUCAUUUAUAUGAUUGAAGAAAAGUCUAUAUAUAGGAGAGAAAAUGCCGAUAUAGAGCAAUAAAUAAAAUACUUAAAACUAUGGGAAAGAAUAUUAAGAGCAAAUCCAAAGGAAAUCCUAGUAAUCAAAGAAAGCAUUCAAAACGAUUAAAAAUUCAAUAAUUGAAAAAUUCCUUUUUAAUUUAAUUUCAAUUUUCAAAGUUGCUGUUUUACACAAUUAUUUUGUUUUUUAAACGAAAUAACAAUUCCAAAACACUUUACCAAUCAUUUGAUUUUAGAAAUAUUUUUAUAAAGCUUUUGGAAAAUUGAAGGUUAUUGCAAACAAGAACUAGGUCCAAAGCAUUUGUUUCGCAUUUGUGACAAUUUUGUUAAUGCAUAAUUUAUUUUCCUAAAGUGAUGAAUCUUUCUUAUAAGGAUAAAUUAGUUACAUUUUCAUCAGAAGGUCUUUUAUUGAUUAAAUGAACUCCUAGUUUGCAUUAACAAGCUGACAAUUUAAGAAUUUAGUUUGGUUUCACUUAGAAACUAAUUAUUUUUUAAUUUAUAAACUAUGUUAUGUACAAAUAUAUCAUCCUGGUACGAGUAUUUUGUGCAUUUAGUCUUCUUUCACAUUUAUUAAAUUAUACAAUUGAAAACACUUACGUAUCUAAAUUACUCUAGAUAACAGUUGCAGUGUAAAUAAUAUUUUAGAUUCAAAUAUGUUGCUUCCUAGGAACAAAAAGGUCCUGUAUGUACUUAUUUUAUGUUAAUUUUUUAUUCCAUUUAAGAACAAGAUUCAUGCUCGUUUAACAAAUUUUGAAAUUAUUGUUCAAUUUUUAUUUCCAAAAAAUAAUUCUUUCCAACGUUAUAUUGAAAAUCUGGCUUCUUAAUAAAAACGGAUUUUUUUUUCUAUGAUGAAGGUUAUGAUUAUAAAUUUAAAUGGAAAAUUAUUAUAAAUUAUAUAAUUUCACUUUAUUUAAAAACAAAAAAAAAUAAUUAGUUAAAACAAAUGAUAUUAAGAAGAAUGAAAAUACAAGAAGAAAUCAUGUACACAAUGAUGAACAACCACAGAAGGAUGUCUAAACAUAGUUAAGUUAAAUAUAAUUAUUAUAUAAUCGAUUGUUUGUAAAACAUUCUUUGAAAAUUCAAAAAAAAAAAAUUCAAAAAAAAAAUUCUAAAUAAAAUUUGUAAAAAAAAAUAAAAGUGAAAUUUUAGUUUAAUGUUUAAUGAAGAGGAUAUGAUGAAGAAGAGAAAUAAUUGUAUAAAAAAUAAAUAAAACAG